AUGCUUUCUGAUAACGACCUGACUUUUCACAUCCCUUCCGCGGGGCUAAGGAGUAUGGACGCGUGCACUACGCCGAACCCUAGCGCCUUUUCCCACCUGCACCUUGUCGGCAACCCGGACUGGAUGUCCUCGUUUUCUGCAAGCCCGCAUGUGGCCGCGGCACGCCCCACUCUUGCACCACCGGCGCCGGUGGCCAUUGAGCCUUCGGCCCCUCGUCCUCUCGCGGCACCGGCAGCCAUUGAUGCGCCUGCGCCAGCGGCCAGAAAGAGCUUCCUCAGCAUGUUUUACCGCGGCUCUUCGAGCACGGUUUCGUCGACGGCGAUGCCACCAAAGGCGAGCAGUGCGACCUCCACGCCGAUGUCUGCGCCGCCCAAGGCAUUGGAUGCCUUUGACACCCCAACGCAGCGCGCCCUCCCUGUGGAUGCGCAGCUGUCCGUGGAGCACCUUUCCAAGCUGGAUGCGGUGGAUGCUACCAUCUCAGCGGCUCCCCUCCGUGAGCCGCCGCGUCCUAUGGCACUCGGGAGCGAUACAUGGAACGCGCUGAGCAGCGUGCCUCUGCCGGCGAGGACGAGGACGGGAUCGACGCGGCUGCUGGCCCCGCCGGCCUCCAUCGACGCCGUCUUCAGCCGCGAGUCGAAGCCGCUCUGGAGCGAUCUCUCCUUUACCUCUCGCUUCCGCAGCACUGCGCCGACGCUGGAGGCAUUCCGAAACGCACCGCCUGCGCCGAUUCUGUCGACCCCACCACGCAGCCCGCAGCACCAGGCCACCUCCUCGACGGCGACGGUAUCCACAGCAUUCAUCCCGGUGCCGCCCAAGCCGGUCACGGCGAGUCCACUACGCGACGCUGCGGUAAGCAGUGUCGAGGCCGCGGCACCCGAAGCGAUGCCGGUUACGCGCCGCGAGCCGAGGACAAUGACACAUCCGCUGGUGCCAGUUGGCGAGGACGCGCCUGCGGUAGUCACACCGCUGCUGAGGCCUGUGCAGGAGAUACCCAUGGUGUCGAGCAAGUCUGCAAGCCUCGCGCCGAGCACCGUGAAUGCCACGUCCCCAGUCUGGGGACCGGAGCCUCUAAGUCUCGCUAGCGGCGAGCCGGCGCAUUCGGCGUCGCCGUUGGCGACCGAGUUUGCCAAAUCCAUCUCGAGGCCGACCAUGCAACAGGCACAGAAGGACGAGGCGCGCGCAGCGGCCAACGUGCGCAACUUCAUUAGCACGCUGUUCAGCGGUGGCGGCAGUGCUGAGACAGACACGCCCACAGCAGGGAACAGGAAGGCGGACGAGUUCAAUGCACUGGAGUUCGUGACGAAUCGCCGCGGCGCCCAGGCAAAGGCGUCCCAGCCGGUGGACUACAGCACCUUCUUCAACACCUCUCUCUUCGAAGACGACCACGACGAGGACAGCGAGGAAGGCCUUGAGAAGCUGCGCCGUGUUGUUCUCAUGGUGAUGCAGUCGGCAAAGAACAACGAAGGCAAUAGCGUCUCUCAGCCGACUAGUCAAAGCUGUCGUCGUGGCGGUGGUGUUGACGGUGCCGGGGUGGCGGGGAUGACAGCGUUUCCUAGCAAGUACACGGAGUUUUCCGCAUCGUACCAGACCGCGAACAACAACAGCACAGACGACAGCGAAUGGAUGCAGUUCGCGCGCUGA